AUGGAAAAAAAGAUAGUUCAUGUACCCUCAUCAACUGAUCUCGAAGAAUUAUUUCGGGAAGCACAUUUGGCUAAACAUAGAGCUUAUUGUCCUUAUUCAAAAUUCCGAGUAGGAGCAGCUUUAUUAACAUCAACUGGAAAAAUUUAUUCAGGAUGUAAUGUUGAAAAUGCUGCGUAUCCAUUAACGACUUGUGCUGAACGAACAGCUGUUGUUAAAGCAGUUUCUGAAGGUGAAAUGUCUUUCACAACAAUUGCAAUUACAUCUGAUGUUGAAAUAGGUUAUAGUGGUCCAUGCGGUGCAUGUCGACAAAUAUUAGCAGAAUUCGAUCUUGAUUUGGACGUUUAUCUUAUAAAUCCAAAAAAUGAAAUGAAAAUGUAUAAACUUCGAGAAUUAUUACCAAUUGCUUUUACACCACGUGAUCUUCAAAAACCUCGUGCCGCUCAUGAUAUUAUUGACUAA